UUCGGCAUUUGUUAAGUCAUAGUGAAGCAGCAGCAGAAUAGAGGGAGAAGCAAAUAUGCAGAUUUUCGUGAAAACCCUAACGGGGAAGACCAUAACCCUCGAGGUUGAGAGUAGUGACACCAUCGACAAUGUCAAGGCCAAGAUUCAAGAUAAGGAAGGUAUUCCUCCGGAUCAACAGCGUUUGAUUUUCGCUGGGAAGCAGCUCGAAGAUGGAAGGACCUUGGCCGAUUACAACAUUCAGAAGGAAUCUACCCUUCACCUUGUCCUCAGGCUUCGUGGUGGAAUCAUUGAGCCUUCGCUCAUGGCUUUGGCUCGCAAGUACAACCAAGACAAGAUGAUUUGCCGCAAAUGCUAUGCUCGUCUUCACCCAAGGGCUGUGAACUGCCGCAAGAAAAAGUGUGGCCACAGUAAUCAGUUGAGGCCAAAGAAGAAGAUCAAGUAAAUCUUGGUUGAUGUUGUCGGUCUCUUUCGUUGUGGAUUUGGGACUGGGACUGGUUUGUUGAUUUAUAUACUUGUCGUUAAUUGUCUUUGGUUUUAUUAAUGUGACCUGUUUUGGUGGAUAUUUUUGUAGUGGUCAGUUAUAUUGUUAUGAUGACGACAUUAAAUUAUGCUUCCUUUUCACAUCCA